AAAACAUUCUCGCUGUUCUCUUUAACCUUUGCUCCACCCGCGACCUCUGCUGUUGGAAGGUUCUUAUCGGCAUCGCACAGCAAUCGUUGCUUCAGGUUCCUCUUACUCAUGUCCUUGACCUCAAUAUAGUGAGUGAAGGCGCGCCCCGCUUGACGCUUGACCGUGUCGAAUUUAUUGAGGUGCCUUCCCGACACCCACGCGCCCUCCUUCCCGCUGCGCUGGUAUUUUUGCGACGCUGUGGCAACCAGCGCCCACGAUAGCCUCACCAGCCCCCCGCCUUGCUCUCCUCAUUGCUCCGCUUUAUAUCUCGAUGCCCUCAAGCCUAUUCGCCGGCUUCCCAGUAUUGUCAACAGGAAGAAUCCAUCCCGAGGGACGACGAUAAGUAUUCAGUUUCGAUUCAGGAGCGGGGACCACCUUUUCUCUGCCCUCUGCUCUCUGCUCUCCUCGCAACAACAACCACAUCGCCUUCUUCCACCACUACCUCACUUUUCCAGAGACCAAAGACUUCUUAUCUGACUCGACAACUGCCAUCUCAACCGCUCGUCUCAUCGUUCCCGCAACCAAGACGAUAUCCAGAAGGAAAAAGGUCUUUGCGACAACAGCCUCAACCAACAUCAAAUAGAAGGUAAAAACCCGACAUCAUGGAUGCCAAGCCUCAGCGCCCUCUGCGCAUCUACCAAGCCGCCCCUCCUAUCACCGAGCACAUCCAUUCUAACAAGCCCUCCUUGCACCAGCGAAACAAGUCCGUUGGCACCGUCAAGAUUAUGGCCAACACGGGUGCCCUCAACGCUCCUCCCAAGAGAGUCAUCCUCCACGAUCUGAGCAACACCAAUCGCCCCUUGGCCGACGAGCCCAUCGGUAAGGCUGUUCGCGCUCGCGCCAAGUCGGUUGUUAAUGCUGCUGCUCCUACUGUCGCCGGAGCCGGUCGCAACGACGAGAAGGAGAACCACCAGGUUGCGCCUGCUCCGGUUGCAAAGUCCUACAACGUGGCUCCGGUCGAUGUCACAAAGCCCACCGCUCGUAACGCCAACAGCCUCAACCAGCAACGUCCCGUCGGCGCCCUUGCCCAACCUCCUCUGAAGAAUGGUGUUCCCAGGAACAUCAAGCCCACCAUGAUCUACAGAGACAGCAAUGAGCAGGAAGUCGCCGGUCGUGUCGAGCUUCUUACCAACGUUGACGAUCUGGUUGCCAUGGUUGACAAGCAGAUUAAGCACCCACGUCAAUACAAGAGCCAGCCAUCCUUGAAGGCAGAGCAAGCCUCCCAGAAGCCGACCCAGUCCAAGGCUGCGGUCCAGACCCAGAAGCUCGCCGAGCUCGAUGACGAGAGCGAUUUCGAUGACAAUGUUACCGAGGCGGCUUACGAGGACGCCGUGGAGCAGAUUUCGUACGACACCGCCGGCAUUGGCAACCGCAAUCUGGCUGAGCUCGAGUCCGAUGUGUCCGUUUCCAUCGCGCAGGUGGCCAAGUCCCUUCCCACAGCUGAGGAGGACGAGUAUUCGGACGAGGAUCACUCGGGUGUUUACGAGGAUCAUGGAUACACGACAGCCCACUCCUAUCGGUCUCAUGGGGACAACACCACGGGCGGACUGACCACCAUGGUGGCUCCUGCUUCCAGCCUCAAUGCGCAGAGAGAGCUUGCCAUUGCCAAGGACUGGGUUCUUUCUACUCAGACGGAGGAAGAGAUUGAGGAAGAGGCCUGGGACGUGAGCAUGGUGGCCGAGUAUGGCGAAGAGAUCUUUGCUUACAUGAGACAGCUCGAGGAUUCUAUGGUCCCCAAUCCCCACUACAUGGAUAACCAGACCGAAAUCCAGUGGUCGAUGCGCGCAGUUCUCAUGGACUGGUUGAUUCAGGUACAUCACCGGUUUUGCCUGCUCCCCGAGACGCUGUUUCUCACCGUCAACUACAUUGACCGCUUCCUGUCGGUCAAGAUUGUCUCGCUCGGCAAGCUCCAGCUUGUCGGCGCCACGGCCCUCUUCGUUGCCGCCAAGUACGAGGAGAUCAACUGCCCAUCAGUCCAGGAAAUUGUGUACAUGGUCGACUCGGGCUACAACGUGGACGAGAUCCUCAAGGCGGAGCGCUUCAUGCUUAGUAUGCUUCAGUUUGAGCUCGGCUGGCCCGGUCCCAUGAGCUUCCUGCGUCGCAUUAGCAAGGCUGAUGAUUACGAGUUGGAGACUCGCACUCUGGCCAAGUAUUUCUUGGAGGUCACCAUCAUGGACGAGCGCUUUGUUGGCAGCCCUGCCAGCUACAUUGCCGCCGGUGCCCACUGCAUCUCUCGCAUGUUCCUCGAGAAGGGCGAUUGGACUCUUUCUCACGUUCACUACUCUGGCUACACCUUGAGCCAGCUCAAGCCACUCAUCAACAUGAUGUUUGAAUGCUGCCGCGAGCCUCGCAAGCACCACAGCGCCGUCUAUGACAAAUACUCGUCCCCCAAGUACAAGAACGCCUCGACCUAUGUUGAGGCCAAGAUGCUUCGUGGGGUGACGCUGUCCUACCUCUACAGCGCCAUGGCCGAGGCCGCGAGCUCGUCGGGCUCCGAGUGUGAGGCCUUCCGCACCAACCACCACUUGCCUGUUGCCCUUGAGGCCUAAGUCUCGGACCUCGCUUCCGCCCAGAAACCAUGUUGACAGGCUCUUCACUUCGAUGUACUUGUUCAUCAUUGCGACAACCUCGAGCAUGCAUUUGCUGGAAACCGUCGCAGCACCACAGCAUGGAUCUCCUUUCUUGAUCUUGCCACGUUGGUGCUUCACCUUUUUGUUUUCUGGGCCAGCAAGCGUCUUUUGGCAUUUGCCCUCGACACAAACAGACACCAAAACGCUGUGGCAGAGAUUUUUUUGGUCUUGCUAUCGGCCACCACCAAAUAAUUUCCUUGUUUUCUUCGUUUUCUUUUCUUCCGCUUUUAUUCUCGCAUCAGGGGUUUUUUUUUUCUUUCUUUCCAGGCACUCGUCGCAACGUCUCGCUAUUUCAAUGCAGCCCAUCAUGCAUUAGAUUUUUGCGGAACACUGCGUCUUGGCUACUGGGACAGACUUCCAGGAUUCGAUGCACACAAUGUUUUUUUCCACGACAACCACCAAAAAGUCGACAGAAACAUAUUCGCCCUUCUGACGAUGUGACGAAUGCCCUCUCACGAUACCUUGUCUUUUUUUCCCAUUUCUUUGCGCAAAACUUUCCCUUGUUCUCAUGUCAAUACGGUUUUCUUUUUUUUUUGUCACGAUUGCGAAGCAAUGAAGGUUUAAGGGUUGGUUGGUGAUCCUGAGCAAAGCAUUCAUGGCUGUUAUUUACAUGGCGUUGUUUGGGUGGUACAAAGGCAUUCGGGAAUUGGGAGGUUAGGGGGAACAUUCUGGUGGUGGGAGGGCGGUGGUGGUUUAUAUGGAAAUGAUAUCCCCGUGGCUUAUUGAUGACACCUUGAAGAGAGGUGGUCAACAAAGCUGCAAGCAAGCAAGGCGUCUUUUUUUUCUUCUCGGUUCUCUUUCUGGGAAAUGGAAUGGGGGGUUAUCUGGG